CAUUUUGGCGGACUGGAUGAUCUGGCCUUCUCAUUAUUAUUAUCAGCAUUAAUUAUUCAUCUACAUUCCUAUUGUCCUUUCUUGUCAGCUCACAGCCGUCGAUCAGCUAUCUGUCUGCUCAUUUGCUUGGCGAUUUUGCCUCCUACGACAUCAAUCACCGCCCGCUUGCGUCCAAUUUUAGUACCUUCGAUUCCGCGUUGGCAGGAAAAUAGUGUAGCCUGAUGGACACAGCCCUACGAGUUAAGACCUUCUUCCUGUCAUAUCAUACUUAGUCGGUGGAGUUUCCGUGUGAGAGACCAGCGUCAAAACUCCAGUUCUCUUGGUGUCGAGAAAUUUGGGACAGUUCCAACCUCCUGACGACGCUCUCCGACAUCCGUCCGCUCGUUCGACAAGAGAAAGAUUCCGCCAGCGUCACCAGUGCUCUGAAGCCACAGGCCAUCAUUCCUUUUAGAUCCUUCGACCAGAAUCAUUAAUUACACGAUUCACCAUGGCUACGUCAAUGCACCUAUCGAAGCUCCGGAAUUGGUUCCUCGCGUCUCCUCCGGCCGAGUUCAUCAUAGCCAGACUGCGCGAGCUAUUGAUCGGAGCGCUCAAGCAGGGGCCGGUCCCACAGCACAUUGCAUUUGUUAUGGAUGGGAAUCGGAGGUUUGCAAGAUCGCAUGGCAUUGAGACUGUUGAGGGGCAUAAUCUGGGAUUUGAAGCUCUGGCAAGGAUCCUUGAAGUCUGCUACAAAUGUGGUGUGAAAGUUGUGACGAUAUACGCAUUUAGUAUCGAAAAUUUCAAACGCUCAAAGUUCGAAGUGGAUGCAUUGAUGGAUAUGGCCAAAGUGAAAUUGCAACAAAUGGCACAACACGGGGAUCUUUUGGAUCGCUACGGAGCAAAGGUUCGAGUGCUGGGUCGGUUGGACUUGUUGAAGCCCGACGUCCUUGAAGCGGUGAACCGAGCUGUGGAAAUGACCAGCCGCAAUGGUGAACGUGUCCUUAACAUCUGUUUCCCGUAUACGUCACGAGAUGAAAUCACCGGUGCUAUUCGCGAUACUGUGGCCGAUUACAGCAAGCCCCUGAAAUCCAUCCGCUCGAACUCUUCCGCACGAAGACCCUUUUCCGAGGCUCAAAUUGCGCUCAAAAUCCGUGCUCAAGCACAGAGUGCGAAGGUGGAACAAGAUACAAUUAGCGAUAACGAAUCCACCUCCGUAUCGUCAACACCAGAAGAAGAUCCAAGUGACGGAAGUGAAGGUCCAGAGAAGGUCUAUGAAGCGGGUUCCGGGUUCUCCUCCUCUACAACCCUACAUCUCGGUGGGCAUCAGGACGCAGCAACUGGGAAGGCUCCAGAGCUAGGGAACUCAACGGAAUCGGGAAAGAUUGUUUUUCCAUCACCGGACACCAUCACUCGCCAGACACUAACGGAUCAUAUGUUGACCAAGGGCAACCCCCCACUUGAUCUACUGGUCCGAACAUCAGGAGUGGAACGUCUUAGUGACUUCAUGCUCUGGCAGUGCGAUGAGGACACGGAGAUUGUCUUCCUGGAUGUCCUGUGGCCCGAAUUUGACCUGUGGCACUUCCUGCCUGUCCUUCUCGGCUGGCAAAGGAGGAUCUCUAAGUCGAAAAAGAACCCCGACGCUGAAGGAAACUUUGACGGUGACAUCACUGAAGCUUCUGAUGCCGAACUCAAUUCCAGUGGAAAGGUCAAGGGCUUGUAAAUGAUGUGGCCAUUGCAUGGGGCAGCUGGGAGUUUGGAGUUUUUCCUACGGAGUAAACAUUAUACCACAAGUAUC